AUCGAAUCAUCAAUCAUGGCGGAUAUAUUUUGCUAGGCGUAAAUGCGAAAAUGGGACGACGAUGAUUAAAGCUGCAUAAGAAUGUCUCGCCUUGCAGACUAUUUUGUUGUCGUUGGAUACGAUCAUGAAAAAGAACAGGGUCGUAUUUGUAACGGCAAGAUACUGCAGCGAUUUCCAGAACAAGAUUGGAAAAAUGUCCCUUUCCAUCAGGGAUUAGAAUUGUUUUGUCAACCAGGAGGAUGGAGACUCAGGAAGGACCCGUUUCCCCCUACCUUCCACAUCUCCAUAUUAACGGAUGUGGAAGCAGGGCGGCAUUACUGUGGGAUACUAACUUUCAGCGAACCCCUAAAGAUGACACCGAUGAAGCCAGACGAUCUAGAGAGCGACGAGCUGGAAUCAUCUUUGGUUCACAACACAGUCAUGUACGCGCCAAAGAGUAUACUACUGGUUUCUAGGUUAAAUUACAUAGACACAUUUAAGAACUGUUUGGGGUUGAUUUAUACAUCCUUUAUAGAGCGGAUGGAUGUGAAGCUGGAAUUACUUGUAGGCAACAUCUUAGGACACAUAGUGAUACCAGCAGCAGGCGGAUCACAGGUACGGUUUUCGAUUGGAGCAGGUGACAGGCAAGCGAUACAGCCACCACUUAGCGAGAUGGUUCCUGUCACGAGGUCCACUGUCGCUCUUCUCUUUCAGCAGCUUGGAAUCCAGAAUGUCAUAACAUUGUUUAGCUUGGCCUUGACUGAUAACAAGAUCUUGUUUCACUCUUCAAGUUAUACUCGAUUGACCGAUGCUUGUACAUCAAUUCUUGCUCUUCUUUACCCUUUUAAAUAUUGUUAUGUCUACAUCCCUGUGCUACCUGAACCUCUAAAAGAAGUAUUAAACACACCGACACCAUUUAUUAUGGGUGUCCACUCUGACCUGAAGAACGAAAUAGCUGAGCUGUUGGAUGUGACAGCCGUUGAUUUGGAUGGAGGUACUAUCAUCGUACCAGAUUGUGUCAACUGCUUACAACCGCCAGAAUACAUGCUGGAAAAGUUACAUAGAGAACUAACAAUGGUACUGUGUCCUGAUCUACAGAUUGCAGACCUUGCCUUCCCUCCAAGUUCCUCCAAAGGCUGUUCGAAGCCCGAGUUUCUGGACAAGGAGAUCAGAGCAAUCUUUAUGCGUCUGCAAGUGGAAAUGCUACUCGGGUAUCGCCUCAGCCUCACCAUAAUCAGGAUUCACCCUAAGCCAGUUAUCUCCUUCAAUAAGGGAUUGUACCUGAUGCAACGCGGGUUGUUUGGAGAGGAAUUUCUUAGUAAACUUUACGACAGUAUGUCGUUUGUGACUUUUGUGAAUGAGAGAGGUCCUCCUUACCGAAUCUGUGAUAUAUUUGAUAAGCUUGUUGCAAACUAUCAAAGAAUGCUUAUUGAAGAGGAAGGAAACCAAGAAAAAGUACUCAAGAAUAUUAAAGAAAUUUCCUUACAGCUCUAUCAGAAUGAGAAUCCAAGCCCUGAGCCAUAUGUGCAGAAAAUACCGCGACCAAGUGAGACAUCAUUGACUGACCACCAACCAUUCCCAAGACUCAAUCGAGAGGAACUUCAAGAAAUUAUCAGCGGUGGGGUAGAAAUGGCUAAAGUGAACCCGAAAUUGAAGAAGAGUAUUAAGACACCAAAGACCCAAGUGGUUCCUAUUGGACCGCUACCAAAAGAUUGGGAGGAGCAGAAAAAUGUUGUCAACAACUCGGCUCGUCGCUUGGAAGUACUACGUACAUGUAUAUCACACAUAUUUGAAAACAAACUAUUAGAUGCCAGAAAGAUGUUUCCCACUGUCUUGAGGUCCUUAAAGAGCAGGGUAGUGCGGGAAGUGUUAGCGAAGGAAUUGGCAUUACACGUACAAGAAAACCGUGCAAUGUUAGAAAUGCAACAGUUUGACAUGGUAGUCAAACUCAUCAACUGUUCCUUGCAGGAGGAUUCUUCGGUGGAAGAGUUCACAUUAGCGCGCAGGAUGUUGCCAUUAUCAGUAGCAUUCUGCAGGAAAUUGUGCACGGGUAUAAUCCAGUUUGCCUACAGCUGCGUGCAGGAUCAUCCUGUGUGGGCUACGCUCAGCUUCUGGGAGAAUGCGUUCUAUGCAGAAGUUGAGAAAGGUGUCACGCAACUCUACAUAUCAGCUCCAUCCACCGACAAUAAAGCAAAUGAUUGUGAUACGGGAAUUAUUGAUACGUCUCAGAAUGGACUGAAGUCAAAUGAAAUCAUGAGGUCGAGUCGACAGUCUCCUUUGGAGGUGUCCGCAGAACGGCUCAAGCUCUGGCCAGAUAUAGGAGAUGAAGACAAGAGUGUUCUAAUGUCAAAUGAAGAGGGUAUUGUUUAUAGCCAAGCGAUCCACUUUGCUAACCACAUGGUGUGUAUGAGGGUUCCAUUAGACACAAAGAAAAGGCUAGUGAAUUCAAUAAGUAUGGAAGGGGAGAGCUGUGGAAGUAGCAACCUAACAAGCAGUGCUGGUGGUAGCGAUAGUUAUGAGGGUGAUGGAUCUUAUGAUAGUUCCGACACCACCACAACCGUCACCAAGUUUGUGUCAAAGUUUGUUGAUAAAGUCUGUACAGAAUCUGGAGUUACAAGUGAACCACUCAAGAAACUUCACUCAAUGAUACCAGGUAUCGUUGCAAUGCAUAUAGAAAUGCUGGAAGCGGUCCAUAGAGAAAGUAAACGACUCCCACCGAUCAAGAAACCCAAGAUUCUAAAACCGGUGCUUCUACAAGGUGAAAGAAUUCUCUUCCCAGGAUACCGGGGUUACCUGUUACCUGACGGACGCGAAGAGGGUAUUGGUGGGAAUAUUGGCGGUCCUGCUCUCUUGCCAGCAGAGGGUGCUCUGUUUAUUACAAAUUACAGAAUUGUCUUCAAAGGAAAUCCAGUAGACAUUCAAGCUUGUGAGCUCGCAGUGAUUCGUAGCUUUCCGUUAGCAUCAUUAUUUAAGGAGAAGAAGAUAUCAGUGGGCAACUUGGUACAUUUAGACCAUUAUUUACAGGAAGGAAUCCAAAUAAGGUCAAACACAUUUCAGCUUAUAAAGUUUGCCUUUGAUGAAGAAGUUGGAAGUGAGAAGGUGGAGCAACUGCGUAGGUCAAUAGGCAAAAUGCGCUUUCCACCCGCUAUCUAUGAAACGUUUGCAUUCCAAGGGACUGAGUUAUUACAGAUUAACCAGACACAGAAACAAACCAACAAAAAUGCAACUCUCAAGAGGUUUGCUAAGAACACCUUAAUGAGGGUCAAGGGGUCAACGUUGGGAAGAGCACAACAGCAGAGCACACAGCAGCAGAACCGUCGCCAGAAGUACAUCCUGCCUGUGGAACCCCUUGUGCCAAGGAGGCUUUCCUCCAGCAGACUGGGAGCAUCUAACAGCAUGGAGAGCUUGUCAACAGACAGCGACAGCAGGCCUAGCAGUGUCAUGUUUGAUGAUGACGAUCUAAAUAAUAUUGAUAUAGCCAGUGCAUCGUUACGAGCCAGCUUAUACCGAUCCCCCUCGGAUACAUCGACAGAAUUCUCACCAGUCCUUGGAGUAAUUGAUGAAGCCGACGUGGGGACAUUGAAACCCUCCGAUACUUUAUCCCCGGAUAAACUACACGAUAAGUUAUAUGUGCAAGACUAUAAGAGGCUCGGCCUUGGAUGCUUUGAGACACUCCAGAAGCAAAAGUUUGGAAGGACUGCCGAAGGAUUUAGGCUAACUGAUGUCAACAUACACUAUGAAGUUGCAAGGAGUUAUCCAGGACUUGUUGCUGUACCAGGUCCAUGCCAGGAUGACAGUAUACGAAGGUUAUCCAGAUGCUACCGUAAUAAUAGGUUUCCGGUCGUUGUGUGGAGGCAUCCAAAGACAAAGGCACUUCUUUUACGUUCCGGUGGUUUCCAUGGGAAAGGUGUGAUGGGAAUGAUCAAAUCAUCAACGCAGGCGACGCAAUCAAGUAAUAUUACUUCUGCAGAUGGUGGAGUAGCAAGUAAAAGUAUUGAACAAGAAAAAUACUUUAUGCAGGUUAUUGCAAACUCAUCUUCAUCAGUUAACAGCGCCUCCUUGUUGAGUCUCAACAAGAUUGCAUCAAAUAACUCUUUGGACAUGCAGGAAGCCAGUCCUAGACUCGGCACCAAAAGGGUUACCACGAGCGGGACGGCUCUCUUCCAGCGGAGUAUUCUCCGCUCCAGUGGCGGAAAGGCAACACAAGGAACUUUAAGGUCAGGCGGUCGUGCAAACACACUGGCAUUGCCCUCAAGAGCUUCUUUUAAAUCUCUUACUCUUGGAUACCGUGCAGCGAAUCGUAAUGGCAGCAUCACGGACGUCGACCAUGCCAAGGCGCAGGAGCCGCGCAAGGCUGACAUGUACGUGUUUGGAGAGAAGUCACAGUUAAGAACAUUCAAGUUGGAGGGGUCAUUGAAGUGUGACUUUAUUCCAUAUGAAUUCAAUGAAGUACGUCAAGUGAAAGCAAGUUUUAAGAAGUUCAUGAAGGCAUGCAUUCCAAGUGCUGUAUCCAAAGACCCGGAGAUGGCUUUCCUCAAGCUAGUGGAAGAUUCAGAGUGGCUGCCGCAGAUAAAAACUGUAAUGCAGCUAGCAGGAGCAGUGGUGGACUUGAUUGACUGUCAAGGUUCUUCUGUAAUGGUCAGCUUUGAAGAUGGCUGGGAUUUCACUACGCAGGUUGUAUCUUUGGCAGAGUUGUUGAUGGAUCCUUAUUACCGUACAUUUGAGGGUUUUAAAGUCCUCAUUGAGAAGGAGUGGUUAGCUUUUGGUCAUCGGUUUACGCAUCGUAGCAAUCAUACGUUACAUCACCAGGCUAGUGGCUUUGCACCUGUCUUCCUACAGUUCGUGGACUGUGUCCACCAGGUGCAUCGGCAGUUCCCAAUGUCAUUUGAAUUCAACCAACACUUCCUCCAAAUGCUAGCGUACCAUUACGUAUCAAACCGCUUCAAGACGUUCAUGUUAGAUUCAGAGUAUGAAAGGUUUGAAGUUGAGAGUUUGCUUGUGGUAGAUUGUGGUGUAUCGAUCCAAGUAACUGAUUUUGAUACAGAUCAAGUGAUCAGUGAUGACCGACCUCGAAUGAAUAGAAUCGAUGAAGCUGGUGAUCAGGAGAGCAAGAGGCCUGAUAUUCGUUCGUUCUGGGAAUAUGUAGAUCAGUUAAAUGAGAAGUCGACAAUAUUCUACAAUGUGUUCUACUCUGAGGGAUCCCAGUCAAGAGUUCUGAGACCAUAUGCAAACAUAUCAAGCUUGAAGAUUUGGGACUUUUACCUGAAUGAGCAUUUGAGCUGUGGACCUGCUUUUGACUGCGAGUUGUUUGAUGCUGCACGGAAUGAGGACAAUGAGACGCCGCUGUCACCUGCAGACCGAUGUGUUGUCAAUGCGUGUUAUCAAAAUGUUGCCCAGGCUGAUCCUGAUAUGCAGAGAUGGUUACUCAAUGAAAUAAUCCAGUUGGAAACAGACCUUAAUGUUGCUACCUCUCACUGGAGAACAAUUAUUAAUAAGUUCAAUGCAUCGAUGCAAUCUAAAGCAAAGUUAGUCUCCCCAGUAACUGAAGAAGCUAAAGCCCAUGGAACCUCAAUCCACAAGAAAAUUACAAUGGAUAUCCUCAGGGGUAAGAGUGGAGGGGAAUCCCCUAGAGGUUUUGCGUCUCACCACCGAUUUGAGUCACAUGACUUCCAGACACCAACCAAUUGUGACGCUUGUCAUCAGGUGAUCUGGAGCUAUAUGAAACAAGGAACUGGGAUGAGAUGUGCAGAUUGCGGUUUUAGUUCACAUGAGAAGUGUAUCACAUCAGCGCCAAAGCAAUGUUUACGACGCGGCUCAUCCAAAGAACCAAGUAAUACAAGUAGUAAACAGACUGAAGAACUCACAAAAAGUGUGCCAAUCAAUAAUGAUAAAGACCCAAAUACCUACCUAAAUUUUGCUGCCAGAAUUGGUGAAACAGUUAGUCAUAAAGGUUACUUAUACAAACGAGGGGCUCGAUUACGUCAAUGGAAACAAAGAUACUUCAAAUUGGAUCCUAAUAAACACCAGCUUCGUUACUAUGAUACGGACGAUGUUCAGACCUGUAAAGGCACCAUAGAUCUAAAAGAAGUAGAGAGUGUGAAACAUGACAACUAUUCCAGCAACUUGCCGGGUGUACCUAAGCUAGAUGACAAUUCUUUCAUUUAUAUGAAAACAAGUACUAGGGAUUACCAUUUUCUUGCCAAAAACAAAAAGGAAGCCGAUGAAUGGAUUAAUAAAAUACAGGAUUGCAUCACCAAUUAAAUACUGAAUUUGAUUUGAGUGACUAAAAUCAUCUGAUGACAUCACCAACAAGGCAUCUGAAGACAUCUAUAUGAGACAUCUGAUGACAUUACCAAUAUGAGAGAGAUGUUAUCAAUAAAGCAUCAAAUGAAAUUACCAUUAAGGCACCUGGUGACAUCACCAAUAAGGCAUCAGAUGACAUCACCAAUAUGGCAUCUAAUGACAUCAGUAAAGACACAUAACACCACCACUAGUAAGGUAUCUGAUGAUAACAUUAAUAGGACAUCUGAUGACAUCACCAAUAUUACAUCACCAAUAUAUGUUAUGUUCUCAUCACUAAGACACUUUAUAACAUCAUACUAAGGUGUCUGAAGACAUCACCAAUAUGACACCUGAGGACAUCACUAAUGCAUCUGUUGACAUCACCAAUAAAUCAUCUGAUGUCAUCAAUCGUCAGUAAGAUAUAAGAUGACCAAUAAGACACAUGCUAAGUAUCAUCAGAAAGGUAGAUAAUGACAUCACCAGUAAGACAUCCAAUGACAUCAUUACGAAAGCAUCUGAUGACAUCACCAGUAAAUCAUCAGGUAUCACCAGAUAUUAUCAAUAAGAAAUCUCUUGACAACUGAUAACAUCAUCAUCAUCAUCACUGAUGACAUCACCAUUAAUACACCUAAUGAUAUCACCUCUAAAAUAUUUGAUAACACCACAAAUUAAUAUACCCUGUAAUAAAGUUCAAAGGAAUCGCCACAGAUGACAUCACUUAUACUGGAGCGACUCUACAUUUAAAAGUAAUUUUACAGACAUAAUCUACUUAUAAUAAUGAUGUCAACACCACUAUAACUCAGUCUGGUUCCAGGUUUAACUACGAAUCAUCAUUACCUGAUGAUUUUUUAAGUUAUAGUCAUAAACAGCUGAAUUAAAUUGUAGUGUUUAAUAUUUUAUAGAGUAAAGCCAACAAAAACAAAAUCAAGAAUAAGUCAAAACAAAGACAAAUUGUGAAUAUUUCAGCAGAAAUAAGUACACUCUGACCUAAACCUUAAAAAAAAAAAAAAAACCUGAGUGAAUAUGUAUUAAGGUAACAAGUGAAAAAUCUUUACGAAGUAUAAUUUUUUUAAUUAAAUUCUUUUUAAAGAGACAUAAAUUGGUCUUUUUUGGCACAUUAACAUUCAGUACGUUGUUGAGUGUGUGUACCAGCAAACACUUGCCCAUUAGGUUUACCGCACUUUGUUGUUUCAAGAUGCGAUCUUUGAUCCUUCUUAUAUUUAUUCAAAAAGACGAAUCAACGAUUGCAAUAUGAUUGAAAUAGCAAUAACAUAUUUAAGUGUCGUGUGUAUUGUUUAAAGCAAUCUUUUUAAAAUGUUAUAGGUGUAGAUUAAUGGUUGAUUGAUUGCACUAGGUUUUGAGUGUCAUUACAACAUCACAUUGUUAUUUAUGUGGAUAUAUUUCCAUAGAAGUUUAUGUGUGCUUGUGUUUUUAAGUAAUCUUCAAAGAAUUCAAACUGCUUUACAUUUUGAUCUCUUGAAAUCUGUUAUUAAAAUUUUAAUGAUGUUCUCAUUAUCAAAUUAAUAUAGCAUUUCCCUCUUUUUAAAAGGUUAAAUAGGUUUGGUACAUUAAAAAAUCAUCUGUCUUUUUAAAAUAGUAAAUUUGGUAGCCAAUCAUCUAAUUUAUAGAAAAGGUAAUCUAAAGAAAUCAUUUAACCUUUAAAAGCAUAAAUUAAGUUGGUAUCUAAAUAAUAAUCUAAAUUGUAAAGUAAUAUAAACCUGGUACAUGUAGAUUAUCAUCUAUUUAAGCACAUGUAAGCCACAUUGAGAGUUGAUAAGACCAUUUAACAAUCUAUGGAGUUACAUAUUUUGUGUUUCCCACAAUGCAUCUGGGUCAUCAACAGUUUUUGAAUAAUUGUCUAAAUGCACAUUUUAUACAAAAUCUCAUCACAAUUAAUAAUUCAUCGUAAUUAAUUCAUUUGUUACUGUUGGUGAUGCGUGGAACGUAGUAAUAACAGUUCACAUUAGAGUAGUAUAUUUAAGAGAUGUAGUAAAACACAGACAUCUGCUUUUUCUAAGUAAAUUGUUUCCAUUCCAGUAAUUAUGUAAAUAGUACAUAUUAGUAGCUGAAAAUUAUAUAGAUUGUGAUUAAUAUUAUUUACUGUUAUUGGUAAUAAUAUGAAUUAAAAUAUAUUACAUAAAGGAUAAGAUAAGGUGUAUGCAUAAUGAAAGCAUAUGGAAGGCAAUGUAGUUGUAAAGUGUUAACUGGGAACAUGACAAAUACUAUAUCAUUAACAGUGAAGCGUUUGGAGGGCAUUAUAGAUUUGCACUAGUGGUAUAAUAGUAUCAAUGAGAACAUUAAUUGGAGGGUAAUAGUGUAGAGCACUAGUAACUGGGAACAUGACAAUUUCUGUAAUAAUAUCAAUGAAAGCUUAUGGAGGGCAAUAAAAUAGCAAACUAAUAAAAUUAUUAUGAACAUGAGCGAUCGUAUCUCAGUAAUAUUGAGAGCAUAGGGGAGGCAAUAAAAUAACUUAAAUUCAUAACAGGAAAUAUGAUGUUUGGUGUAAAAUAACAUCAAUAAUUUUAAAUCACUAAAUCACAUGCAUUCAUAUUUUAAUUAUGAUUAAUAUUAUUAUACUAUGCCGAUAUUUGUCUAUUAUUAUGAUUAUUCCUUAAAUAUAUAUUAGACACAAUAUCAGUAUAUUUGAAUUACUAGCAUUGCCAAUAUUAUUUAUUACUUCUAUUACAAUAUAUACAUAGCCAGUAAUUAAUAUUAAUUUUUCAUUGUAUUAAAUUUUGUCUAUUAUUUUUUUUAAUUAAUACUUUAUUAAAUAUUAUUAUUAUUCUUAUUAUAAUUAAUUAUGUUAUUUUUUCUACUAUGUGUAAAUUACAUUGCAAUAAACAAUGCUCAUAAUUAUGACAUUCACGAAGGUAUUUGGAAUGCAUCAUUAGUAAGAAAAAUAAUUUAUCCAUAAGUGGAGUUUCAAUUAAAGUAUUUUCUUGGGUUAACAGAAACUUAGGAAAUAUAUAUUUAAUGCCAAAAAUGUUGCUUAGCACUCCUAUAUCCCCUCUCCCCCUCCUAAACUAUUACCCAUUAAUUGUUGUUUAUUAGCAUCCAACAGUAACCCCAUAAACUGUAGCAUGUUACCCCUCCUACGUCUAGUCCUGAUCCCCCUCCAUAAAUUGUUGCUCAUUACUCUUGUACAUCUAGGUCUGACCCAGUUCUUUCUUAUACCAAUUAUCAAUGUUUUUAAUUACCAUUCACCUUAUAUAAAAAAUGCACUUUUUACCUUUACUCUCAUUGGCUAUUUUUUAACAUAUAUAUUUACGUUUUUGUUGAUUGGUAAUGAUUACUUUUUGGAAUUUAUUUGUUCAGUUCACUUUAGAUUUUAUGCAAUUAGAAGUUUUAUCAUGGGCACACGAUGGCGAAUAAUGUGUAAUUUGUGUAUGAAGUUUGCACAUGUUUAGUGGUACAUGGGAUAAUUUACCAUAUUGUCAAAUAAUGAUGGUACAUAUGUAUGUAUUAGCACCUACAGUGUGUUAUUCGAAGUCAAUGUAAUUGUCUUUCUUAUCAAAUUUGGUAGCUGUUAAUAGCCAGUGGCGUAUCUUGGAGCCUUGAAAUGGGGGUGGGGCUGAUGGGGCGCAAAAGGUGGAGUCAGCAAAAUAAUGGUGAUUAACUGCUUGAACUUGAUUUUUUUUGCUACAGAGCAGGGGGAUGCUCCAUGUGCACCCUCCUAGAUACGUCACUGUUCAUAGCUGUAGUUUUGAAUUUAUACUGAACAUUGUUGGGACGAAUUCUGAUGAUAAUUUUUUUUAAAUGCAUAGGUUUGUGAUCACCGAGACUAGACUAGAAGUCGGUGUAAAAUAUUUUAGAUUCUAAACUAGGAUAUUUUGGGAUAUGUUCUGCCUGGUUUGAACAAGAUUCGUAUCCAGAUUCUGAGAUUGGAAGUUGAGCAGCUUACCCACCAGACCACAACUACACUCAAUUAGGGUUUGUUCAUCCUGGGACCACAGGAUUCGAAGGAAGGCAUCUUACCCACCAAACCACAUUAUUGUACUAUCAUUUUCAUGGCGUAUAAAUUGCUUUUGAUAUGGUGGGAAUUACCAAAAUUAAACUGUUGUUGUAGAGCAAUAUUUAGCUUGGUCUAACUGUGAAGAACUUUCGUAAAUUAAGAGUAAAAUACGAAUUAUACAAUCCAUAGUAAAACAUUUUGCAAUCCCUUUUAGUAUGUUAAGUUUGUUCCAUUUUGUAAACAGGGAUGGAUCGUUGUAUGAUACAAUGAUUUUGUAUAUAUUCGCUAGUGCAAUCAAUGGUAUGAAAUUUACACUUUCUGUUGUAUUUAUAUGUUAGUAAUAAUUUAAACUCCUGUGUGUGGAUGGUUUUAUGUCUGGGGUAUUUUUUAGUUUAGUUUUUAUUUUCAUGUGAAGGGGUAUUGCGACCAAAUAUAACUGCUGUACUCCUUUAGUUAAUUUUUAUGAGUAAUUUUGAGUCAUAUUAUUUCUUUCUCAAGUUACCAAUUAGUAAUUUUUUUGGUUUUUUUAUGCAAUUCUUAUUUGAGAACAAAAUGUAAUGUUGUCUUUAUCAUUGAAAGCUUGUUUUAAUCAAAUGGAUAAAUCUUGUCCUAUUUUUUUGAAUGUCCAUAUUGAAAUGGCAGAUGAAGAAGAUUGUAGACUGCUUAAUAUAUUGUUAUAUCAUUUACAAUAAAUUAUUCCAGCUGUUUUGAUCAUGGGAU